AUGCUCAAGGGGUUUCAAAGGACACUAUGUGUUAGCCGCAGAGCAUUCAACCUGCCGAAAUUGCAUCUGGUUGCUCCAAGUCUCAAUAAAAAAAAUCCGCAAAACACGGCCUCAAGCAAUGAGCCAUUGAUUCAUGAAAACGGUUUAUACUUUGGGAAAUUCACAAAGGAAGAAUAUGAAAGUGCAAAGGCAUUUGUCACCUCGCAGUACAGUAAGCUUGAGCAAGAGAUCAAAGGCACGCACGAUGUGCGUGAAAAUUUGGGUAAAAUCCCACAAUUUCCUGCAAGUCAGGCAAGUUCGGAAAAACUAGGCUCUUUUCCUCCAAAGUCACCUGGGGUAAACUCACUUCUGGACCUUUUUCAGGAAACCAUCAAGACAACUGGACCCAUCUCGCUACUGGCAUACAUGAGACAAUGUCUCACACAUCCUACUCUCGGGUACUAUACGACACGGGACCCUCUUGAUAUCCUGGGUGGUGAUUUUAUCACAUCUCCUGAAAUAUCGUCUGUGUUCGGUGAAAUGAUUGGAGUGUGGCUCUAUGCCGUAUGGACAUCUCAAGGUCAGCCACUGUCAGUGAAUGUGGUUGAGUUUGGACCAGGACGAGGUACGUUGAUACAUGAUGCGAUGACUGUGUUUUCGCGUUUCGUGAAAAAAGCCCACAAAAAUGUGGAGGGCAAGAUUUGGCUUAUUGAGGCGUCUCCAGUGCUUCGCAAAGAGCAAUGGAAAGCACUCUGCCCUGCGGAGUCCUCGUUCGAGACAGACUCUGAUGGAUUCAACAUGUCAGUAUCAAAAUGGGGCAACAAAGUCACAUGGGUUGACACGGAGAAAGACAUCAAAUGUUUGCCUGAAGAAUGCAACUACGUCUUGGCACAUGAGUUUUUUGAUGCUUUGCCCAUCAAAUCUUUUGUCAGGAUGGAGAAGGGAUGGCGGGAGCACUUGGUUGAGCAUACUCAGGCAGUGGUGAACACGCAGAUGAAAUUGCCCGCAGCCUCAGACCCCAAGAGUACAUCUCAGAAAUCGAGUGAUUCUGAAAACGACACCCCAGAGGAACUUCUCACCGAGUUCCAUCUCACUGCAUCCAUUAAAGAAACUCCGUCCUCGGCUGUACCUAAAAUGAGCCCGCGGUUUGCAAACCUUCCAGUAGGAUCUCGGGUCGAGAUUUGUGCUGACGCGGAGUUGUAUAUGAGCCGCAUUAUGGAGCUUGUUAAUAACAACAGUAAAGGUCAGGGUGCCGCACUCAUCAUCGAUUAUGGUCCUGCCGAAGAAGUGCCCCUGAAUUCAUUGCGCGGCAUCUACAAGCACAAAUUCGUAUCCCCUUUCUUUCGCCCGGGUGAGGUCGAUUUAUCCAUUGAUGUCGAUUUUGGUACUUUGAAGUUACUAGCAGAACCGCACGUGCAAGCCUAUGGACCAGUGGAACAAGGCGACUGGCUUCAUACUAUGGGUGCAGGGCAUCGUUUUGAUCAGCUCAUCAAGUCAGCGAACCUGAUGGCAAAUAAAGAGCUGCUAUACGAGUCUUACUUGAGGUUAACAGACAAGGAACAAAUGGGGAAAAUCUACAAAUUUUUGGCGCUAAUGCCCCGUAAUUCCGAGGUACCAGUAGGUUUUGGUGGUUCUUUAUGA